AGCUGUAGGAGAUAGCUGGGGGAAAGAAGAUCAUGGAGCCUGCUUCUGUCCAGGAGGAUCAGAAGAAAAAGCAACAGAAGGAAAAAUCAAAGAAACCUGUGCCGCCUGCAGUCCCACGGCCAGCCAGGGCUCUGUUCUGCUUAACCCUUCAAAACCCACUUCGAAAGGCAUGCAUCAGUAUUGUGGAAUGGAAACCCUUUGAAAUCAUUAUCCUGCUGACCAUCUUUGCCAACUGUGUGGCGCUGGCAGUCUACUUGCCCAUGGCCGAGGAUGAUACCAACGCUACAAACUCCCGCCUGGAGAAGAUAGAAUAUGUCUUCCUGUUCAUCUUUACCAUUGAAGCCAUGCUUAAGAUCAUUGCUUAUGGGUUUUUGUUCCAUGCGGAUGCCUACCUCCGGAAUGGCUGGAACGUGCUGGACUUCGCCAUCAUCUCCUUGGGGCUCUUUACCAUGAUGCUGGAGCAGAUCAGCGUGAUGCAGGGCGCACCUCCGAGUGGGAAGGGCGGCUUUGACGUCAAGGCCCUGAGAGCCUUCCGGGUGCUCAGACCUCUGCGCCUGGUGUCAGGAGUGCCAAGCCUGCAGGUGGUCCUGAACUCCAUCAUCAAGGCCAUGGUGCCCCUGUUGCACAUCGCACUGCUCGUUCUCUUCAUGAUCAUCAUAUAUGCCAUCGUUGGGCAGGAGCUGUUCAAGGGCAAGAUGCAUAAGACCUGCUACUACACUGGGACUGAUAUCAUUGCCACAGUGGGGUCGGAGAAGCCAGCCCCAUGUACCAGUACUGGGCAUGGGCGUCAUUGCACCCUCAAUGGCACGGAUUGCAGAGGCGGGUGGCCAGGGCCCAACAAUGGCAUCACCCACUUCGAUAACUUUGGGUUCGCCAUGCUGACAGUGUACCAGUGCAUCACCAUGGAGGGAUGGACUGAAGUCCUCUACUGGGUGAAUGACGCCAUUGGAAACGAAUGGCCCUGGAUCUAUUUUGUCAGCCUCAUCCUGCUGGGCUCCUUCUUCAUUCUCAACCUAGUGCUGGGUGUUCUCAGUGGCGAGUUUACCAAGGAGCGAGAAAAGGCGAAAUCACGGGGCACGUUCCAGAAGCUGCGGGAGAAGCAGCAGCUGGAGGAGGAUCUUAAGGGCUACAUAGACUGGAUCACACAUGCUGAAGUUGUGGACAGUGUUCGGACCAGAGGAGAAGGAAUGCUGCCAUUAGAUGAAGGCGGCUCAGAGACAGAGAGCCUGUAUGAAAUUGAGGGCAUGAACAAGUGGAUUCUCUUCUUUCGGCACUGGAGGCGGUGGAACCGCCUGUUCCGCAGGAAGUGCCGUGAAGUGGUGAAGUCCAAGUUCUUCUAUUGGUUGGUGAUCCUCCUCAUCACCCUCAACACCCUGUCAAUAGCCUCUGAGCACCACAUGCAGCCAGACUGGCUGACCCACGUGCAAGAUAAUGCCAACUGGGUGUUGCUGUCACUAUUUGCGGCUGAGAUGUUGCUGAAGAUGUAUGCGCUGGGCCUGCGCCAAUACUUCAUGUCCCUCUUCAACCGCUUUGACUGCUUCGUGGUGUGUGCUGGCAUCGUGGAAACCAUCCUGGUGGAGUUCAGCAUCAUGUCACCUCUGGGCAUCUCUGUUUUGCGGUGCAUCCGCCUGCUGAGGAUCUUCAAGAUAACCAAGUACUGGACUUCUCUGAGCAACCUGGUGGCAUCCCUGCUGAACUCGAUCCGCUCCAUUGCUUCCCUCCUCCUCCUCCUCUUCCUCUUCAUUGUCAUCUUCUCCCUCCUGGGGAUGCAGCUCUUUGGAGGGAAGUAUGACUUUGAGGACAUGGAGGUUCGACGCAGCACUUUCGACAACUUCCCCCAGGCCCUCAUCAGUGUCUUCCAGGUCCUGACAGGAGAAGACUGGAAUUCCAUCAUGUACAAUGGGAUCAUGGCCUAUGGAGGGCCCUCCUUCCCUGGCAUGCUGGUCUGCAUUUACUUCAUCAUCCUCUUUGUCUGUGGGAACUAUAUCCUGCUCAAUGUCUUCCUGGCGAUUGCGGUGGACAAUCUGGCUGAGGCUGAGAGCCUGACCUCUGCCCAGAAGGCCAAGGCGGAGGAGAGGAAGCGGAGGAAAAUGUCCAGAGGUUACCCAGGGAAAUCUGAGGAGGAGAAGCAACUACUGGCCAAGAAGCUGGAGCAGAAAGCCAAAGGGGAAGGAAUCCCCACCACAGCCAAGCUAAAAGUAGAUGAGUUUGAGUCAAACGUCAAUGAGAUCAAAGACCCUUACCCCUCUGCUGACUUCCCAGGCGACGAUGAGGAAGAUGAACCUGAAAUCCCCCUGAGCCCUCGGCCGCGCCCCCUGGCAGAGCUGCAGCUCAAGGAGAAAGCUGUGCCCAUGCCCGAAGCCAGUGCCUUCUUUAUCUUCAGCCCCACCAACAAGAUCCGAAUUCUGUGCCACAGGAUUGUCAACGCCACCUGGUUCACCAACUUCAUCCUCCUCUUCAUUCUGCUCAGCAGCAUCUCACUGGCGGCCGAGGAUCCCAUUCGGGCUGAGUCCUUCCGAAACCAGAUUCUUGGAUAUUUUGACAUUGGAUUCACCUCUGUGUUUACUGUUGAAAUAGUUUUGAAGAUGACCGCAUAUGGAGCAUUCCUCCACAAGGGAUCCUUCUGCCGGAACUCCUUCAACAUCCUGGAUCUGCUGGUGGUGGCUGUCUCCCUCAUCUCCAUGGGGAUUCAGUCCAGCACCAUUUCUGUGGUGAAAAUUUUGAGGGUACUGAGAGUCCUGCGGCCACUGCGAGCCAUUAACAGAGCAAAGGGGCUGAAGCAUGUGGUCCAGUGCGUGUUCGUGGCCAUCAAAACCAUUGGCAACAUUGUGAUAGUCACCACCUUGCUGCAGUUCAUGUUUGCCUGCAUUGGGGUGCAGCUCUUCAAGGGGAAGUUUAACAGCUGUACAGACCCGUCGAAGAUAACCGAGAAAGAAUGCAGAGGGUCUUUCAUCACGUACGUGGACGGCGACCCCACGCAGAUUCAGCUGGAGCAGCGUGAGUGGCAGCACAAUGACUUCCACUUUGACAAUGUCCUCUCGGCCAUGAUGUCCCUCUUCACAGUCUCGACAUUUGAGGGCUGGCCACAGCUGCUGUACAAGGCCAUCGACACUCACACUGAGGACAUGGGCCCCAUCUAUAACUACCGGGUGGAGAUGGCCAUCUUCUUCAUCAUCUACAUCAUCCUUAUUGCCUUCUUCAUGAUGAACAUCUUUGUGGGCUUUGUUAUUGUCACCUUCCAGGAGCAGGGUGAGAGCGAGUACAAGAACUGCGAGCUGGACAAGAACCAGCGCCAGUGUGUGCAGUAUGCGCUGAAAGCCCGGCCACUGAGACGCUACAUCCCCAAGAACCCCUAUCAAUACCAGAUCUGGUACGUGGUGACCUCCUCCUACUUCGAGUACCUCAUGUUCUUUCUGAUCCUACUGAAUACCAUCUGCCUGGGCAUGCAGCAUUACAACCAGUCUGAUGAGAUGAACCAUGCCUCAGACAUCCUGAACGUGACCUUCACCAUCCUCUUCACUGUGGAGAUGUUCGUCAAGCUCAUGGCCUUUAAAGCCAAGGGCUAUUUUGGCGACCCUUGGAACGUCUUUGAUUUCCUCAUCGUUAUUGGCAGCAUCAUUGAUGUCAUCCUGAGUGAGAUAGACGACUCUGAGGACAACUCCCGUGUUUCCAUCACCUUCUUCCGGCUUUUCCGAGUGUUGAGGUUGGUGAAGCUGCUGAGCCGAGGGGAAGGAGUCAGGACCCUUCUCUGGACCUUUAUCAAGUCCUUCCAGGCCCUGCCCUAUGUGGCGUUGCUGAUCGUGAUGCUGUUUUUCAUCUACGCUGUGAUUGGGAUGCAGAUGUUUGGGAAAGUUGCCAUGGUGGAUGGGACCCAAAUCAACCGGAACAACAACUUCCAGACCUUCCCCCAAGCCGUGUUGCUGCUCUUCAGGUGUGCAACAGGAGAGGCCUGGCAAGAGAUCCUGCUGGCCGCCAGCUACGGGAAGCUGUGUGACCCAGAGUCCGACUACGCCCCAGGAGAAGAGUACACUUGUGGCACCGGCUUUGCCUACUUCUAUUUCAUCAGCUUCUACAUGCUGUGUGCCUUCCUGAUUAUCAACCUCUUUGUCGCUGUCAUCAUGGACAACUUUGACUACCUCACGCGUGACUGGUCCAUCUUGGGUCCACAUCACCUGGAUGAAUUCAAAAGAAUCUGGGCUGAAUAUGACCCAGAAGCCAAGGGGAGAAUCAAGCACCUGGAUGUGGUGACCCUGCUGAGGCGCAUCCAGCCACCCCUCGGCUUUGGGAAGUUCUGCCCGCACCGGGUGGCUUGCAAGCGCCUGGUGUGCAUGAACAUGCCUCUGAACAGCGAUGGCACCGUUACCUUCAAUGCCACCCUCUUUGCCCUGGUGAGGACAGCCCUCAAGAUCAAGACAGAAGGUAACUUUGAACAGGCCAACGAGGAGCUGAGAGCCAUUAUCAAGAAGAUCUGGAAGCGAACUAGUAUGAAGCUCCUGGACCAGGUCAUUCCACCUAUUGGAGACGAUGAGGUGACAGUAGGCAAGUUUUAUGCAACUUUCCUCAUCCAGGAGCACUUCAGGAAGUUCAUGAAGCACCAGGAGGAGUAUUAUGGAUACAGGCCCAAAAAGAACCCCAUUGAAAUCCAGGCUGGCCUGAGGACCAUUGAAGAAGAAGCUGCCCCUGAGAUCCACCGAGCAAUCUCUGGAGAUCUGACUGCUGAGGAGGAGCUGGAGAGAGCUAUGGUGGAGGCAGCGAUGGAGGAAGGGAUAUACAGAAGGCAAGGGGGCUUGUUUGGUCAGGUUGACAACUUCAUUGAGCACCAUAGCCCCCUGCAGCCCCAUGUAGCCAGCCAAAGACCCCUGCAGUUCACUGAGCAGGGCAGCGAGGACAUAGACUCCCCUGUCUUCCUCGAUGACUUCACCCCAGAGAGGAAUACCAAUGCCAGCAAUGCCAACAACAACAAUGCAGCAUCACGGGUGGAGUAUGAGGAUGAGCUGCAAGGGAAGAAGAUGUCCUGCCAGACACGACAGCUAUCUGCAUUGGCGCCCAAAUGCACCUCCCACCAGGAGAAGCUGCAGCAGGAGCUGAGCAGGAGACGAGCAGCCAGCGUCAGGGUGUGUCCAGUGUCACGGCUGCACAUUGUCCCCCCACAGGUGCCCAGAGAGGAGGCCAGUACCCAUGAACAGGGAGUGGAGGAAGGGGAAGUGCAAGGCUCAGCAUGGCAAGUGGAUGGUGACAGUGAUCUGACCAGGGAGGAAGACCCUGCUGCCUCUGCACCAGCCACCACCUUACUUAUCCAGGAGGCUCUGAUCUCCGGAGGCCUCAGCACCCUGGCCCACGACCCAUCCUUUGUGACGGUGACAAGCAAUGAGAUGGCUGCUGCUUACCAGAUGGAGAUGGAGGAGGUGGAAAUGGCUGCUGCUGAGGUCCUGAAGGGAAGGAAAAGCCUGGAGGGUGAGAAGACUACCUCUCCUGGCCAGCCUCUCUCAUCCACAUCACUACACAACUCUCAUGGGUGCAGCGUGGUCAGCUCCCAGGAGGCCAUUUCUGCCACCCACCUGUGAGACGCCACUCUUGCCCUUCUCAUCAUUGGUGCCACCCAUGGGGGGGGGCACUCAGUUGUGUGCUUUCAGAGGGUUACUGUGGAAACACUAAACUACCCUCUCUCACACAAAUAAACCCUUGGCUGCUCUCUGGCCUGGGGGAGGCAAGUGUGAGAUGUCACUUGGGGAUCUGGAGAAGGACUGAGCAGCCGCAGGGAUGCGACUCCUGAGAUAUUUCCUACAGGACUGUAUUGCGCUGUGCCAGCAGAAACUGUCCCCUGCCCUUGCAAGAGCUGUACCACGCAAGCCAGAUGGAUCAUUAAACUCCCUGUGAUGUGUGACACCAAGGAUCUUGCCGCUCUGCUUUUUCCUUUGCUCCCUUCGCAAGCAGCCCCCAGUUUGAGGAAGCCUGUCAUGAAACACUUGGAGGCUGUUUUCAGAUGUAAGGAGCAGCCACAGCUCCAUCCACAGCCAACAUGGGUUGUUGUUGCCCUGUCCCUCAGCCCAGCCCCUGGACUUCCAGAAACAGAGGCACCAAAACUAGCUGCCGCUUUCAAAAUGUAUGUUCCUAGCAGCCUCCAUGUGUAUUGAGGGUGACCUUCCCCCCCAGCUCAGCGAACGGGGAAGGCCCAGCACUGCACAGGACGGAGCCCAAAUCUACUCUAGCAAGUGCAGUAUCUUACUGCUCCUUUCUCUGCUGUGAGCUCCCCAGCGGUGAACCACCUUCUACCUCAUUGCUCAGUCUGCAGCACCCUGACAGAAGAGAGAAGGGACAAGUUUCCCCAGAAACCCUGUUUAACUCAGAUCAGUGACAUUUGGGCUGUAAAGUAUGGUUUCAUUACAGCCACUUUAUUAUGAUUUAUUACAGCCUCAAGGCCUCAAUUGAGAUCAGGAAUCUAUAACCAGGGUGCUCAAUCCCCAGCCCGCAGGCCAAAUCCGAUCUCCAGAGCCAUGGCUCGUGGAGGCUCCCAACGGUCGGGAAAUUUGGUGGGAGGAGAGCAGUGGUGAUUGAUACUACUACCCUUCUACCCCUCUCCUGCUGCCAAAUUUCCUCCCCGCCUGUGACUGGAUCAGGGCUGCCCCCGCUCCCCACUCCCGCACAGCUAGAGCAGAAAGGCUGUACAUCACUGAUCGGCAGGGAUCCUGGUUUUCUCCGUUUAAAAAUUGCAAAUUCUCUGAUUAAAAAACCCAACAUCUGCGAUUCAAACGAAACACAACUAUAUAUAUAGGUAUCAAGCAAACACAAUAUUUUAUUGAUAUAUUUACAAUUUUAAAAGCAGUUUGGAAGCUCAAUCACUCUA